AUGAGCCUAACAGAAAGAUUCCAGGGCUGGGGGAUCUGCGAGAGCUGGAGGACGAUGCUGCGGCAAGUCGUGUACUCAGGGCUGAAGGGAUGUUUUUACUGGUUGGGAUUAUUCGUGAGCAGACAUCCCGUCUUUUUCCUGACAGUGCCCUCCAUCCUGUCCAUUCUGUUCGGGGCGACCUUCCUCAAUAAAUUUCAGCGUGAAACUGACCUGGAGUUGCUGGUGGCGCCCAAGCACAGCCUGGCCAAGAUCGAGAGGACCCUGGUGAACAGCCUUUUCUCCAUCAACCAGUCCAAGAACAACCUGUACUCGGCUCUGCAUACCCCGGGCAAAUACGGAAGGGUGGUCCUCACCUCUCUGUCGGGCGCUGAUAUCCUGGAGAGAGCAGAUCAGAUCUUGCAGAUGCAUAAAGCCGUGCUGGAUAUGCGAGUGAACGGCUCGGGUUUCAGUUAUUCUUUCUCUCAUAUUUGUAUGUUGCGGAACAGAGACAAGAGGUGCGUGUUUGACGAUAUCAUCGAAGUGCUGGAGGACCUAAGUCAAGCCGCGCUGACUAAUAAUACAGGACCGAGGAAGUCACUGCGCUACCCAAACACUGAAUUAAAGGACGGCAGGGUGACGUUUAUUGGGCAUCAGCUUGGAGGUGUGAUCUUCAUCCCUAACAGCAGAGAACACCAGGUCAAGUCAGCCAGUGCGGUACAGAUUACCUACUACCUGCAAAGCUAUGGUUCUGCUUUACAAGACAUUGCAGAGAAAUGGGAAACUGAAUUCUGUCAGCUCGUGCUAAAAUUUCAACAGGAGCACAAUGAUCUGAAGCUGUAUCCUCUGACAUCUUCCGGUCUAUGGAAGGACUUCUAUAAGACCAAUGCUGUGGCCAGAACGGAGGUGGUGGUGAGCCUGGUGUUGGUUCUAAUUGCAGCCACUCUCACCAGCUCAAUGAAGGACUGCCUUCGCAGUAAACCUUUCCUAGGACUACUAGGAAUGAUCACAAUCUGCCUUUCCACUGUGACUGCAGCAGGGAUAUUCAUCAGCACAGAUGGCAAAUACAACUCCACUCUGCUGGGAAUCCCUUUCUUUGCCAUGGGCCACGGAACUAAAGGAGUAUUCGAGCUUCUCGCUGGAUGGCGGAGAACAAAAGAGGAUUUGCCAUUCAAGGAAAGAAUAGCUGCUGCCUAUUCAGAUGUGAUGGUGUCCUACACAAUGACAAGCUCACUCUACAUCAUCACGUUUGGGAUGGGUGCAAGCCCGUUCACAAACGUUGAAUCUGUUAAAAUCUUCUGUCAGAACAUGUGCGUCACUGUUCUCGUGAACUAUUUCUAUGUCUUCUCCUUUUAUGGCUCGUGCUUGGUAUUUGCUGGACAACUGGAACAGAAUCGCUACCACAGUAUAUUUUGCUGCCGAAUUCCUUCACCAGAGUACCUGGCCUCCAGGCCGGUCUGGUUUAAAACGAUGAUGAAUGACGGAUUUCAGCAGCCCAGCUCUCAUGAAUGUGAUCCGUACCAGAAACAUUUCAUUCAGCGGUUUUUGAGGGAGCAUUAUACUGAAUGGAUCAUUAAUACCUAUGUCAAGCCUUUUGUUGUGUUAUUGUACCUGAUUUAUGUGUCGUUUUCCUUUAUGGGAUGUUUACAAAUCAGUAAUGGAUCAAAUCUUCUUAAUGUGCUUGCAAGUGACUCACAAAGUGUUUCUUUUACAAUAACCCAGCAAAAAUACUUCAGCAACUACAGUCCAGUCAUAGGAUUUUAUAUCUAUGAGCCAAUAGAGUACUGGAACAUAACAAUACAGGAGGAUCUGCGUGUGAUCAGCAGGGGGUUCAUCAGAAUUUCGUGGAUUGAACACUACUUACAAUACUUAAAAAAACUCAACGUCACAGUACUAACCAAAAGCAAUUUCAUCAAUAUUCUGGCCAAUUCAUUUCUGAAGCAACCAGAAUUUCAAAACUAUAUGGAUGACAUAAUUUUCUCAAAGACAUCAGAGGAAGUAGAUAUCAUUGCUUCCCGGAUGUACAUGGUGGCUAGGACGGCAGAGAAUAUUCACGAUGAAAUGAUUGAUUUGCUGGAAACAUUGAGGAAACACUCCCUCAUUUCUCGAAUAAAAUACAUAGUGUUCAACCCGACUUUUGUUUUCAUGGAUCGAUAUAGUUCUUCAAUCACUUCGCCAGUCCUGAACUCCAGUGUUAGUGUCCUGGUCAUCCUGCUGCUAACUAUUUUCCUGGUUAUCAAUGCACUGGGUAACGUUUGGGUGAUACUUAGUGUGACCUCAAUGGAAUUUGGUGUGGUUGGACUGAUGACACUAUGGAAGGUAGAUAUGGACAGCGUAUCAAUCUUGUGCCUUAUCUACUCUUUGAACUAUGCCAUAGAUCACUGUGCACCUCUGCUCUUUACAUUUGUAUUAGAAAAAGAACGCACCAGGACUGAAUGUAUCAAAAAUUCUUUGGAAUGGAAUGGAGCAGCCAUCUUGCAGAGUAAUAUUUGUUUUCUUUUAGGGUUACUGCCCCUGUUUUUUGUGCCUUCGAAUUUGACCUUCACACUGUUCAAAUGCUUACUCCUCACAGUCACCUGCACACUGCUACAUUGCUUUGUAAUAUUACCUGUUUUUUUAACAUUUUUUCCUCCAUCUAAGAAAAGACACAAGAAAAGGAAGCGUGCAGAAAGGAAAGAGGAGAUCGAAUCUGUGGAGGUACGAGAUAACUCAGGAAUGGUUGAUCAUGUCACCACGGUCUGA